ACCUAAGAGACCCAUCCUCAACCCUGGCCCUCUCAGCCACUUGGCUGGAUUAAACUUCGGCUGGAUUUCUUUCUCCCUCUCAGUCUUCGUUGUACAAGCCUGCAUCUCUAUCAUUCUUGGUUUGGCUCCUGUAUAUCAAAAGUGUGAACUGGGGUAGGAGAAAUAUGUCUUUACCAUUCUAUCAGAGGCACCAUCAACAUUUUGACCGGGCAUAUCGUCAUAAGGAACUGGAGUCCACUCUAAGUCAGUACCAAAAAGAGGAGAAACGCAAAUCUGCUAUCUACACUUAUGGAUCUGCUGCGUACUCUAGGGAAGCUGCCCUGACAGCCCAUCAUGGUUCAGCAUCUUACAGUCAGCAAUCUGCAGCAUCCAGCCAUGAAUUGGAUUUAGCUUACUCCCAUGAAUCUGCAGCUCACAGUAAAAGAUCUGAACUUCUUGAUAAGAAGGCUGAAGCUUACCGUCUUGGAUCAGAGCUGGUCAAUAAAAAAGCUGAAGCCUACCGCCUUGGAUAUGAAACAUUCAAUAGAGGGAAAAUGAUAGAGGAUUCUCUAAAACUGAGCCCCAAAGCAAAACGGGCUAAGCAAAGUUUGCUGUUAGAGGAGAAAGAAAACACAGCUGUUGACUAUGUAGUACCUGUUUUCACAGGACGACAGACCUAUGUUAGUGGGAUUACAGACACAGAACAAGAAAGGAUUAAAGAAACUGCUGCAUAUGUUGCCAAGAGGAACCUUUUUGCAACUGGGGAAGGAAUUACAGCAACUAGUAAGAAAAUAUCUUCUGUAGAAGAAGAAACACAUGAGAAGAAGUCAAGAAAAGUAGCAAUACGAGAGAAAGCUGAACGCCUGUCCCUAAAGAAAACGUUAAGAGAGACAGAAGAAUUCCACAGGAAGUUGAAUGAAGAUAGUCUUUUACAUGCUCCUGAAUUUAUAAUCAAGCCUCGUUCACACACUAUCUGGGAAAAACAAAAUGUCAAAUUUCACUGUACUGUGGCUGGCUGGCCAGAACCUCGUCUUACAUGGUAUAAAAACAAUGUUCCUAUCAAUGUCCAUGCUUAUCCUGGCAAAUAUGCAAUUGAAAGUCGAUAUGGGAUGCACUCUCUGGAAAUUAACAAAUGUGAUUUUGAAGACACUGCUCAGUAUCGUGCUUCUGCUAUGAAUGUAAAAGGAGAGCUGUCAGCCUAUGCUUCUUUGGUGGUGAAAAGAUAUAAGAAAGGAGAGUUUGAUGAGAGCUUUUUCCAUGCAGGAACUGCCACGUUACCUUUGAGCUUUGGCAUUACUCCACAUGGCUAUGCUUCCAGGUUUGAGAUCCACUUUGUGGACACUUUUGAAGUCUCCUUUGGAAGAGAAGGUGAAACAAUGAGUAUCGGCUGUACAGUUAUCAUUCACCCUGACAUUAAACGUUACCAGCCAGAAAUUCAGUGGUACAGGAAUGGACUCUUGAUUUCUCCAUCCAAAUGGGUCAAGAUGCACUGGAGUGGAGAAAGAGCUACCCUAACACUGACACAUGCUAACAAAGAAGACGAAGGCAUUUACACCCUCCGUGUGGUGAUGGGAGACUACUACGAGGAAUACAGUGCUUAUGUUUUUGUUCAAGAUGCUGAUGCAGAUAUUCCAGGAGCACCUGGUUCUCCACUGGAUGUGCGGUGUUUGGAUGCUAACAAGGAUUAUGUCAUUAUUUCUUGGAAACAACCAGCUGUUGAUGGGGGAAGUCCCAUCUUGGGAUACUUCAUUGAUAAAUGUGAAGUUGGCACUACCCGUUGGUCCCAGUGCAAUGAGACUCCAGUGAAGUUUGCUCGCUUCCCCGUCACAGGAUUAAUAGAAGGGCGCUCCUAUAUAUUCCGGGUCCGAGCUGUGAAUCAUGUUGGCAUAAGCAAUCCGUCUCGCAUUUCAGAGCCUGUGGCAGCACUGGAUCCUGCAGAUAGGGCUAGACUUAAAAGUCACCCUUCUGCCCCUUGGACUGGACAGAUCAUUGUCACUGAAGAAGAACCGACUGAGGGAAUUGUUCCUGGACCACCUUUAGACCUCCAUGUUACAGAAGCCACAAAGAACUAUAUUGUACUUAGCUGGAAGCCUCCAUACGAACGCGGUCAUGAGGGGGUCAUGUACUUUGUUGAAAAGUGUGUUGCAGGAACUGAAAAUUGGCAAAGAGUGAAUACAGAGAUCCCGGUAAAGUCCCCUCGCUUUGCACUUUUUGACUUGGCUGAAGGGAAAUCCUAUCAGUUCCGGGUCCGCUGUUGUAAUUCAGCUGGGAUUGGUGAGCCCUCAGAAGCCACGGAAGCCACGGUGGUUGGUGACAAACUUGAUAUUCCUAGUGCUCCAAGCAAUGUUAUACCCACUAGAAAUACAAACACCUCUGUAACUGUCACUUGGACAGAAUCCAAAGAUGUGAAGGAGUUGGUUGGGUACUACAUAGAAGCAAGCAAAGUUGGAUCAGGUCACUGGGAACCAUGCAACAAUAAUCCAGUGAAAGGCACAAGAUUCAUUUGUCAUGGACUGUCGACAGGGGAUCAUUAUAUUUUCCGUGUCAGAGCUGUUAAUGCUGCUGGUCUGAGUGGGUACUCACAGGAAUCAGAAGCAAUUGAAGUCAAGGCAGCCAUUGCUGUUCCAUCACCACCAUAUGACAUCACAGUGCUCGAAAGUGUUCGUGAUUCAAUGGUUCUUGGUUGGAAACAGCCCAAAACUAUCGGUGGAGCUGAAAUAACUGGCUAUUAUGUAAAUUACCGGGAAGUGAUUGGUGAACAACCUGGAGAGUGGAAAGAAGCUAACAUUAAAGCUGUCAGUGAGCGGGCAUACAGGGUGCAUGACUUGAAGGAAAACAUGACCUACCAAUUUCAGGUGGCUGCUGCUAACCUAGCGGGGCUUAGCAAACCUUCACCACCUACCAAGUCCUUCAAGUGUGAAGAAUGGACCAUUGCUGUUCCAGGACCUCCGCAUGAUUUGUCAUGCAGUGAAGUUAGGAAAGACUCAUUGGUUUUAUUGUGGAAACCACCAAUUUAUGUUGGCCGAACUCCUGUAACUGGUUUUUAUGUUGACAUGAAAAAAACAAAUGCAUCAGACAAACACUGGAAGAGUGUGAAUGAGAAAGCUACUGCAAACAAAUACUUCAAGAUUGGUGGCUUACAAGAAGGCACUAGUUAUGUGUUCCGAGUUCGAGCAGCAAACAAAGCUGGAGUUGGAAAGCCUUCCGAUGCAACGGAUCCUGUCAUAGCUGAAACCCGGCCAGGAACAAAAGAAGUUGUAGUUGAAGUAGAUGACAAUGGAGUUAUUUCACUGAACUUUGAAUGUGACCAGAUGACUGCAGAUUCUAAAUUCGUUUGGUCCAAGAAUUAUGAACCCAUAGAAGAUGACUGCAGAUUAACCAUUGACACCAAAGGAGGAAAGUCAAAAGCUAUCUUUAAAGACCUUGGUGAAGAAGAUUUGGGCAUUUACUCCUGUGUUGUAACGGACACAGAUGGUGUUUCAUCAAGCUACACAAUAGAUGAGGAAGAAAUGAAGCGUCUCCUUGCACUCAGUCAUGAGCACAAGUUUCCGAUCGUCCCACUUAAAUCUGAACUGGCAGUUGAAAUUCUGGAGAAGGGACAGGUGCGAUUCUGGAUGCAGGCUGAGAAGUUGUCUGGCAGUGCUAAAGUCAACUUUGUGUUCAAUGACAAGGAAAUUGUUAAUGGAGAGAAAUACAAGAUGAAGAUUGACCGUAAUUCUGGUAUGAUUGAAAUGGUUAUGGAUAGACUGGAAGAUGAGGAUGAAGGCACCUAUACUUUCCAACUUCAGGAUGGAAAAGCAGCCAACCAAUCUAGUCUUGUUCAUAUUGGUGAUGUAUUCCAGAAACUACAAAAAGAAGCAGAAUUUCAGAGGCAAGAAUGGUUCAGGAAACAAGGUCCACAUUUUGUUGAGUAUUUGGGAUGGGAAGUUACUCCAGAAUGUAAUGUGUUACUGAAAUGCAAGGUGGCUAAUAUUAAGAAGGAAACACACAUUGUCUGGUACAAGGAUGAAAGGGAAAUCAUGGUUGAUGAAAAGCAUGACUUUAAGGAUGGUGCGUGCACUCUGCUGAUCACAGAGUUUUCUAAGAAAGAUGCUGGUGUAUAUGAAGUAAUACUGAAAGAUGAUAGAGGAAAGGACAAGAGUAUACUGAAGCUUGUGGAAGGAGCUUUUGCAGAUUUGAUGACGGAAGUAUGCAAAGUGAUUGCUUUAUCUGCAACAGACCUGAAAAUCCAAAGCACUGAAGAGGGCAUCAGGUUAUAUUCCUUUGUUAACUACUACUUGGAAGAUCUGAGAGUCAGCUGGUCACACAAUGACGUCAAAAUUAAGUAUACAGAGAGAGUCAAGACUGGUGUCACUGGGGAGCAAAUCUGGCUGCAAAUCAAUGAGCCAACACCCAAUGACAAAGGGAAAUACAUAAUGGAGCUCUUUGAUGGUAAAACUGGACACACAAAAAUGGUGGAUCUUUCUGGACAAGCAUUUGAAGAAGCCUUUGCAGAAUUCCAGAGGUUAAAAGCACUUGCCAUUGCAGAGAAAAAUCGUGCUCGGGUGCUUGGAGGUCUGCCCGAUGUUGUUACCAUUCAGGAAGGCAAGGCACUUAAUCUUACCUGUACUGUCUGGGGAAAUCCUGUCCCGGAGAUUUCGUGGCUGAAGAAUGAAAAGCAUUUGGCAGGAGAUGACCAUGUCAUCCUGAAGUUUGAACAGGGAAAACUAGCCACCUUCAUCAUCACUGCUGUCAGUACAGUUGACUCAGGGAGAUACAGCCUUGUAGUGAAAAACCAAUAUGGUACAGAGACAAGCGAUUUCACUGUAAGUGUGUUCAUACCUGAGGAAGGGAUGGAGAUCCCCCAUCCAGAGCUCAGCAAAGGACAUAAGAAAAAGAAGCUGAUUGCUUCUGCUAAAGAGGAACAGACUGGCUUGGCUGAAUGUGUUGCUGACCUGCAAGGGUCUUGCCUAAACACAGUAACCCCAGAUCUCCUGGAACCACAAGUAAAAGAGAUAAUUGCUACGGAAGAGACACCUGAUCCAAAUGAAGAUCCAAUUGUAGAAGAUGGAGAUGAUCCUGGAGAGAGCUGGCAAUCAGGAGAGACUUCAGGACUUUCUCAGUAGAAUGGCAGAAUAGUGUGCUAGGAGGGGAUUAAGAAAAUUCUUGAGAUAAAGAAAAGUGACUGAUUGGAAACACAGUGCACAUGAACCCUUGUGGUCAUAUUAUGAAAAGUGUGAUUAAUGUGUUACUUCAUAUUAUAAUACCAUGUUUGUGGUGUAACAUACACUUCGCUUCAUUGGGUGCUGUAUUAUUUUGUGAUGUACUAACAUUUCAUAUAAACUGUUCUGCUGUCCUGAGCUCAGAGAGCAUGGGCUAUAAAGCAGAUGAGACGGUAUCUUCUGUGAGAGCAACUUCUGUUGGUGCAUGAGUUCUUGAUGGCUAAGAUCCAGUUUGAGUUAGAAGUAUGUAUUGCCUACAGCUAGACAGAGUAAGGUAUCUGCCUCAGAUGGCAGAUACUGAUGACACCAGCAACAAUCCCCUAGCCACUUCUUCUGAGUCCCUAGUCCACAGGGUUCUUUUGAAGAACAGAGAUCUGCAAACCAUAUGACCUGUCUUGUACUGUUGUUCUGAGCCCCUAGGCGAUAUACUGUACUUCUCUUGAAAGAUGGAUAUGUGUGCUAUGUAACUGUCUUGCUCUGUCUAAACUAUGUUGCUGUGCUUGGUGUGUGGCUACUUUGGGAGGGUGUUUUUCUGCUUGGUGGUGUUGAAGUAAGGAUCAACUAUGUUUCACAUUGGCUUCUGUAUAUAGAAUGGAUAGCUACAAGUGAAAUAUCUUUGCUCAACCUUGGCACUUCCAUGAAAACAGAAGAACCAUAAUCAAGGACUUUACCUUAUCUGUUUUAUGCCUCUUGCUUUGUGUCCUUCAGUAAUUGCAUUUUUAAAAAUCAAAUUGUACACAUUGUCUUUAUGCUUUGUGUAAAAUCACUGUAGACAAUACAAAACACAUUUGGAGCUUGUGCUUGGCUCCAUGGAUGAACAGAAACUGUGCUUUAAAUGGAGGAACCUCUUGAUUUUCAACAAACAUAACACUCAUAGAAGUUUUAUGCUCUGCCUGCUUCACAGGGAUAGAGUAGUUACUUAAUGAAAGGACUUAUAUAUGUGUUGACUUCUCCUUCAGCAGACAGAUUAAUGGAUCUAUUCUGUUUCCAACUAGCAAUUGGAUUUAUUUUAUUUGUGUAUUUAUUUAAUUUAUACCCCACCCA